AGAGCUGCUGACCCCGUUCUCGCGAGAUUAUCAAACAGGAAGAGAAGAAGGUCAUCGACAGUCAAACAUGGCCGCCCGCAUCCCCCUCAGGUCCAUCUGGAGCGCUUUAGCGGGCAUUAAGUCGGUCGCCGGCGGCAGCAACGUGGCUGCUCUGCAGAGGAUAAACAUCCCUGUAAGCUCCGCUUGUGGAAACCUCCAGAGCAGAGGUGUCCGACACGUUGUGCAGAAGCAGGAGGGCAAAACGACAACCAUUGAGGGACAGACUAAGGACAUUCGAGCUGGACCAGAACCUCCAAACCCCACAGCCAAGUGCCCGAUCUACCGAUGGAACCUGCAGCACAAAUACGACUACACAGAUGUCCUGUUGCUCAGUCAGUUCAUCAGGUCAGAUGGCGGGAUGUUGCCCAGGAGAAUCACGGGUCUCUGUCCAGAGGAACACCGCAAGAUUGCCAUCUGUGUUCAGAUGGCUCACAGAGCUGGUCUGCUUCCUGACCACAAACCCAAACUCCCAGAAGGCCAUGUCCCAAAGCCCAAGCCACAGCUCAACAGAUACCUGACUCGCUGGUCCAUCGACACGGUGAAGCCCAUCUAUAAAACGGGUCUGAAGUGGUGUAAGAAGCGCAUGCCCGUUGGCCACACAGCACUCAAAGACAAUGUGCGCUACAGUGUCAAACCCCUCUACCUGAAACACUGAGGGACAGAACGGCUGCCCAGUCAGGACAGCAGACGAAGGCGAGUGGGUGGGACCACCAUGCAGGGAUGCGGUCUCCAUUGGAUGCUCCUCAGCCUCCAAUCACAAGCCAGCCUUUUCAGCGACUUCCACUGACUUUCCAAACACAGGCAAACAAAAGUUUCAUGCAUCUGUAUUUAUGCUGCUUUUUUUUUUUUGUUGUUUAUGAAGCUGUUUCAUGCCUCGGGUGAAUCAUGCUGAGCACCGCCCAGAACCAUCCAUUCUCUCAUUUGGUUUUCGAAAAAAGCCCUUGAAAUGAACUCUGCUGACAACUUUGCGUGAACAGCAACUGGGUCAGUGUUAAGAGUCUCCAAGUAGGUGGUAUCUUGACUGUGUAUACUCGUGGAAACACAGAUGUGCAAAUAAAGUAUGUCCGUUUACUCGG